GUACCUACCCGUCUUCCUCUCAUCCUCCCGUUGACCGUUGUGCAGCACCAACGACACAGGCAUGGCGAUGAUAGUCGUCAUGGAUGCAGCAGCAGGGAGUUCCUCCGUCCCACCUUCUCCCACGCUUCAUGAUCAACACGAUGAGGGGCUCGCGCUCGCUAUUCUUGCCGACCAACAGCCUAUGGCGGUCGACGAAUGCGAUGAUCCAGAGAUCGAGGUCGACUAUGUACCUCUAAGAGAAGAGGGGCUCGCGCUUACUACUAUUGCUGGCCAACAGCCUAUGGCGGUUGAUGAAUGCGAUGAUCCGGAGAGCGAGGUCCACUUUGUCCCUCUUAGAGUCGUGAGGCCGGAGGAUGAGCAGCAAAAGCGUCCCGGCGGGCGGGUUAAAGUAUGUGCACAUAAACCUAAAAUGCAGAAAAAGAGGAGAAAUAGGCCUGCACGCACCAAGUCUGCUAAGAGUAAUAUGUGGCGUAAACCGGAGUUUGUUUACUGUGACAACAUCAACAUUAAUACGUGGCCGGCAGAUUCCAUACCCGACGACGGUGACAAGGAUGAUAAUUUUGCGCCAACGGGGAAGAGAGGGAGGCCGGCACGCGCCAAGUCUGCAAAGACAAAGACGUGUCGAAAACCAGGGUUUGUUUACAGCGACAACUACAGCAUUAGCAGCAGUGAGAGCGAGAGCGAGAGCGAGGGAAACAACAAUGAUGAUUAUGAUCCGACGGCACCUGAUGCUGAUGGCCACCCAAAGAAAUGUGCAAGAUCUCGAGGGAGGCCGGCACGCGCCAAGUCUGCUAAGAGCAAGAUGUGGCGUAACCCGGAGUUUGUUUGCGGCGACAACAUCAACAUUAGUACCAGUAGUGAGACCGAGAUUGAAAGAAACAAUGAUGGCGCAGACCGCCAUCAUCGCCGAGGGUGUCAGGGCCUCCUCUCCCUCUUCUCGUGAGGACCUCGCGGAGUGGAAGAAGAGCUUGCAGGCGUUGGAGGCCUUGGGCAUGGAUGUGACGUUCCUGCGUGAGCGAGUCGAUGGCCUCCUUGGCCUCCUCGCCGCUGAUGAGGUGGGGAAGAUGAGAGCCUGGGAGUCGAAGAUGGCGACUCUCCAGGAUGCUAUGAGGGUGAUGAAUGAAGAGGUGGAGGAGAGGGAAU